AGAGCAGAGAGCAGAAGCCGAGCGAAGAAGAAAAGGAAGAAGUGGGGGCAAUCAAAUUUCAUUUUCCAUUCUCUUCUUCUAAACCCAUUUAACGGUCACAAGCUCAGUUUUUUUGCACUGUAAUCUCAAUGACCCGCUCAAGAAAUGCCAUAGUUGCUACGGGCUUACUCACUUUUGCAGCUGCAGGAUUGGCAUUUCCCUUUUAUGUGGCGUCAUCAAAGAGGCCUGUCAUUGACCCGACAAAGCCAUUGCCUCCCCAAGCAACGUUCCGAGGGCCUUAUAUUAACACUGGUUCUCGUGAUGUUGGACCUGAUCAUCAAACGUACACAAAAAAGUGAAUCUUGUCCUCC